AUGUCAGACGUUCACAGCAAAGACAAGAUUGAGGAGGAAGAACUGUCUCUUGAAGAAUACAAAGUCCUCGUAAAGCGACUGCGCCAGGAAGCCAAGCAACGCGAUGUCGACCUCGAAGAAGCUCAAGGCCGUAUCAGCGCCUUGGAGGAAGCCCUAGCACUCUCCUCCGAUGCCACUACCAUCUUCAACCUCCAGGAAGAAAUCAAGGCCGCCAAGCACAGAGAAAACUGCGGCGAUGAACGCGAGGAAGAGCAGCGUGAGCAGAUUGCAGAGCUGCACCACAAGCUUGUCGAUGCCGAAUUUGACGUCGAACUUACAAAGAAGGCAUUGGCCAGGGAGAAGGAAAUCACCGAAGGACUCCGCUCAGACAAGGGAGAGCUGGUUCGCGAGCUGUACCAAAAGACUGUCGAACUCAGUGUCAAGACGGCCUUGUUGGAGGGAAGAACCUGA